AAUGGCACCCCACUUCGCCCACUCUUCUUAUUUCUCUCCUUAUUCCCCGACGACGUGAACACACCCUUUGCUCUUUUUUCUCUUUUUUAUUCUCUCUUUCCCUUCUUUCUCUCUCCAUCUUCUUCUUAGUUCUCCCCAAACAUUUGCCGCCAUUUCUGUCUCCAUUUAUAGCUUUUCGAUUCCUUCCUCCUUCAUUUUUGUUGGGUUUCAAUUUGAUUUUACUUUCUGGUUGUGGAUUUGAAGAAUAUGAAGGAAGAAUUAGACGACGGUGAGUUUUGGUUACCAUCCCAUUUUCUCACCGACGAUGAUAUUCUCAUGGAUUUUGAUUGUGAUACUGAUACCAAACUUGGUUCUUUGACUGCUACAAAUUCCGAUCUCGAUUUCACAUCUAGAUGUACUGAAACUGAAAGCGACGAAGAAGAAAUAUUACUCACUGGGUUAACUCAUCAGUUAACUCGCUCAAAUCUUCAUGACUCUUCUUGUCCUCUCCACUCCAAGGGAUGGAGGCUAUCGAGUUCGCCGCAAUCGACGUUGUACGGUUGUAUGUGCAACCAGAGUUCAAGCCGAGAAAGUGGAAGUGGUCCAAUAUCGCCGCCGCAACAGCCACCGCUAACCGAUGAAAAAAACGGUGCCGUUUCGGAAACGAAUAAGAAUGAAAAAGCGACUUUGGAUCUGCUUAAUAAGGCGGCGGGAGAAGUAGCAAGAUUGAAGAUGAGAAAUGAAAAAAGUGUUGGAACUGGAUUCUUCGAUUGUAGCCAAAAAGGAGUUUCUUAUCUUCCACCUCUUAAGAAUCUCGACCAAACAUUUCCUCCCAUGUAUUUCCAGCCGCAAUUUCUUCAUUUUCCUUCUAUGGGUUGGGCGCCGUCAAAUGGGAUGCACUAUAAUCGGCAACUUGAGCGACAAUCACCGCAAAACAGAGCAACAAAGAACGACACCAACAAUACUAAUAACAACACCGGUAACAACAAUCCUCCUCUUGGGCUUCCAGCUUCUGCUUGGCCUCCUCUUCAAGCCCAAGCCCAAAACAAGGCCCAAACCCAGGCCCAACCACUGCCGCCUUUGUUUGUUGCGCCUAAGAGGGAGUGUGCUGGAACUGGUGUGUUCUUACCUCGCCGUGUUGCUGCCCCUGCUAAUGAAACCCGAAAGAAAUCUGAUGGGAAUACGAGUACCAAGUCAAAAGGCGGGAAAGGUUCACAAUCACAGUCUAAUAACCACCACCGACGGAACUCCGGUAAGUCAUCGACAACGGCAACAACGACGACGACAAUAAAUUAUAAUGAUAUCCAGCUACCCCAGGAGUGGACCUAUUGAAAUACCCUUCUUUUCUUUGGAAGAAGCUUAUAAUGAUCCUAUAUCAGUAGUGGAUGACAGAAUUAGCAGAUUUUAUUUUAGAAAUAGUAAUAGAUGUGUGAAGAAAAAUAAGGGAAAUUUGGGUUUUUGAUUGCCCAAAUAAAUAAAAACAAAUUAUAAGUAUGAUCAUUAUUAUUAAGUUUGGCUUCAUGGUGGGUGUUUUCUAUGCCCAUGAAGUUAGUCCCAUAAUAAACUCCUCAAAAGGUUUAAAGGGAUUAGUUAGUGUAUGAGAUGGGGAUUAAUAAUUUUCUUAUUUUUGGUGAUUUACAUUUGUAAAAUAACCCCUCUUUACUCAUUCCCUUGGUCUAGUUCUAAGUAGUAUGUUUGUGUAAAAUUUUUAGUCUUACAAUUUUUUGGAUCGGGUUUGUGUUUGGUUUUAUGUCCUUGCCCACAUGAAACGUGGAAGUGGCAGUCAAUUAAGUCGGUGUUAUAAUAAUAUUAUACCUAUUUUUUCAUUCAAUAGAAGUAUUUAUUUUCUCGACAAAUUUGUUUUAUUUUUUUUCUUUCAAUGUUAAAAUGUCAAAUAUAGAAUUAUCACACAUUAAUACAUAUGACGGUUUUAUUGUGAAAUUAUUUUUAUUAGGCUGAUGCAAAUACAGUGUGUUAUAAUAACAAUGUAUUAAUUAUAUGAGCUCUUAUACAAGCUCAAGAAUUAUUAGGCGGGUAGCGUAACAUGCGGCCUAGUCGGUGCUCAACAAAGAGUUGAUUGAAUUUUUGUUCUAAUGUUGGCAUAUUGCCAUGAAGGGAGAGUAAAUUAAUUGAGAAAAUUAGGUUAGGUUUUGAGUUUAUUUUUCUUCCCAACAUUUACUAAAAGAAGACAUAUACAGCGCAACUAUGACUUUAAAGUAUGAGAUUCUUGGGUCAAG